GAUUGUGUUGUUGGGUCAGGAAUAAUGUUUCAAGAUAUAACGACACUGUUACUGAACCACAAAGUCUUCAAAGACACCAUUGACAUCUUUGUUGACAGAUAUAGAGACAUGGGCAUAUCUGUUGUUGCAGGGAUUGAAGCAAGAGGUUUGUUUUUCGGUCCAUCAAUUGCGCUGGCUAUUGGUGCUAAAUUCGUUCCAUUGCGUAAACCAAACAAAUUGCCAGGGGAAGUCAUUUCAGAAUCUUAUGUACUUGAAUAUGGAACGGAUUGUCUUGAGAUGGAUGUCAUCUCUGUUAAGCCCGGUGACCGGGCUGUCGUCAUAGACGAUUUAGUAGCCACCGGCGGUACUCUCUCCGCCGCUAUUACACUUUUGGAACGUAUGGGAGGUCAAGUUGUUGAAUGUGGAUGUGUUGUAGGAUUGCCCGAAGUUGAGGGACAGAGAAGGCUAAAUGGAAAACCACUUUACAUUCUUGUACACCCAAGGGAAAUAGAAGAACAGUACUGAUUAUGAUGAUGAUAUGACUAUCAAGAAGAAGAUGAAGAAGAAGCCUGGGCUGAGAUUUCUCUCUUGUAAAGGUGGUGAUGCCUUUGGCCUCCUUCCUCCUCCUGCUGUGUUGGACUCUUCACUAUUUCUCUAUUCUUUUUUUUUUAUUGCUCAUCUUCUCAUUUCCUUUUUAUAGAAUUUUCAACUCUAUCAUUAUCUACUCUCUCAAAAGGGUUUAUUAUUAUUAUUUGUUCA